AUGGCAUCAAGUGAUCCUGAAAUCCGUGAUGGAUUUACUCUACCUGUUUGGAUGAAAACGAAACCUGCAAAAGAAUUCGAACCGUUCUCGUCAUCACCGCCCGCGCCGGAGGAUUCAUUUUUCUACAUACGAUAUCCGAAGCCAGACAUUUUGUUCGGCACGACUAAGCUUGAAAAUGAACUGCCGAAGGUUAUUCAAGAGAAACAGAAGGAUGUUACGGCCGCAUUCAACAGUAUUAAGGAGAGGGACUGGUCAAAACAUACUAAGCCAUGUCAAGAAGUUCUACACGGGAUAGCACCCAACGCUAACAUAGCCAGCGCGAACGUGAAGCCAAAACCAGCAGGAACUGACGAUGGAUUCAAAGGCGAGGGAGCGGCGUGCGGUACUUCUGUGCUCAAGGUCGCAAACCAGAUGAUAUCGACUCGUACGCCGCGCGGCUUUACUGUGGCAUCGCCUUCAGACGAUGGUCAAAGCAACGCCCCGGAGGUCGGCCGAUACAAUCUGAUGGCACGACGCGGCAGCAAGAGCCUCCCCACGACACCUAUGCAUUCACCGCCUUCUAGCCCCAACAGCCGUCGCAAGGCUUACAAUAACAGAUAUUUCACAUCCCCAUUCGAGCCGGUUGAAGAUGGCCACGGGCGCUCCUGGCUAACUACUGCUCUUCUUGGAUUCAAAAAAGACCUCACCACAUCCACUUCUACUUUGGCUGAGGAAGAGAUUGUCGAAAAUAGAUUACAAACUAUCAGUCUCGCGGAAUCAGUUGAGAAUUUGGGUCCAGCGCCGAAAGCUAAGGAACCGAAGAUAUUAAUAAGCGAAGCACCGAACCCGGCACCAAAGUCUCCAAAAUCACAAGCCUUCCGGGCGAAACCGUCAGAACUGCGCGAAAUGAAUUUCUGGUCUCCGACAUCUAUGUGA